AUGUACUACUUUCUUCAGAGAUUCUACGUCGUCACAGCGACGAAUUUGAGGAGACAUGAAGCAUGCACGAGAACUCCACUUUACAGCCUAGUCCUGGAAGCCUUAACGGGUUUAUGUUCCAUAAAAGCUUUUGAACUGCAAGAUAAGAUUAUGGGCGAAAUUCAGAAAACCCUUUUGGAGAACAACAAGGCUUUCUUUUUAUACAUGAGUGCAACGUUAUGGAGUAAGGCCAGAUUGGAUAUUCUUGGGACGCUAAUAGUGUUGGGAACCUGCAUGUUUGCCAUAAUCUCAAAGGAAACCUUAAGCCCAUCCGUCGUAGCAUUAUCGUUAUCUUCCGCCUUGCAGAUUACCCAGCUAUUAAAUUAUUUUGUAAAGCUGACGGGUGAAUUCGAAUCCAACAUUGUGGCUGUGGAAAGAGUAGUAAACUUGACGUCAAUUCCGCAGAAAUUCUAA